ACAGAACUCCAAUAAAACGUCACAUUCACCGAGGAACUAACCGCAGUGACCAAGGUACCAUCGUCACAAGAAAUAACAUACAAAGACACGUAUUUUACACCUCGUUAAAAUUAUGAUGCGAGAGAAGUUCCUCGCCGUGCUGUUUCUCGGUUUUAUUGCGAUAGUUCUGAGUUUGCCUCAGCAAUCAAAGUCGAAGAGGCCCACUCCAGUGUUCAAGCAAUCUAAAACUGGCGGCUUGCUACUUCCCGAUAACGCGACGUUUAUCCGCGACAACAUCGUCGACACGUUUUCCUGCCAGGAUAAAAUUUACGGAUAUUACGCCGAUAUGGAGAACGAAUGUCAAGUGUUUCACGUGUGUCUUCCGCAAACUAGAGGCUCAAUUAGAUGGAGUUUUAUUUGCCCCGCCGAGACAGUUUUCAAUCAAGCAACAUUUGUAUGCACACGGACAGAAAGCUCGAUACCAUGCGAGGAAUCAGAAAAAUAUUACGCUUUGAACGAAGAAAUUGGAAAAGAAGUGGAAGAGGAAGAAGAAGCAGAUCAAGAACGAGGAAAGGAAAAUACCACAAAAAUUUCUGAAACGAUAUCGAAAAAGUCAUUUUCGAAAAAUUCUAAAUUAGAAGAUCGAGAAAGAAUGUUUCGGCGUCAUUAAAAAAAAUAUUUUGUUUUCGCUCAUUUAAGAAGGCUUUGUAAAGUAUCGUGAUUAUAGCUAGGCAACAUCUCGGCUUAAGAAUAAAACAAAUUUUAACUUGCCCCGAUUGAAAUUGACUAAACGUUUAUUUAAUAUUUAAAACAAUCGCUUCUAGAUUGCUUAUCUUUACAAGAGCGCUUUAAAUAAUGAAAUACAUACUAAAAUUUAAAUUAUUAUCAGUGUAAAAUGUAAUACAUAAUUACGCGACAUGUGUAAUAUAAAAUUCUGUGCAGUGCCAGUCGAAUACGAGUUAGAAUAAAUCAUAUAUUAUGUGCAAAAUAUUAUAAGCGCUUAUAUCUAUAA